UUUGAUCUCUCGGUCAUAGGGGAAGAUUUUCGACACCGGUGACAAUAUUAGAAAUGUCUGAAUGGUGAGAGCUUCUGACUGGAGGGCUAUGAAGCUGUAGCUUCAUAAUCAGAAAAGGGAAACUCGUUCUCGAGACACAGAGUGAACACUGGAUAACACUGGAUGCUUGCUGUUUUAACUGUAGGAAAUACACUUGACCUUUGACAUCAUGGCUAGUACUGAGAUCCCCAGUGUCUCCCCUACACCCAUGGAAGGGACCUUCCGACCAAACACUCUGUCUGCAGCUGAUAUAGCGGUGCUUGUUGUGUAUUUCAUAUUGAUCUUGGCAGUAGGAGUAUGGUCUAUGUGGAAAACCAAGAGGAGCACAGUGAAUGGAUAUUUCUUAGCAGGCAAAAACAUGAGCUGGUGGCCGGUAGGCACUUCUCUGUUUGCUAGUAAUGUAGGCAGCGGUCACUUCAUAGGUCUGGCUGGAUCAGCAGCCGCAGCUGGCAUCGGCCCCACUGCAUAUGAGUGGAAUGGUAUGGUGGUGGUUCUGCUCCUAGGCUGGGUUUUCCUCCCCAUUUACAUAGCUUCUGGGGUGACAACUAUGCCCGAAUAUCUUCAGAAAAGAUUUGGAGGCAAAAGAAUCCAGAUAUUUCUUGCUAUUUUGUAUUUAUUUAUAUACAUCUUCACAAAGAUAUCGGUGGAUAUGUACGCUGGGGCUGUGUUCAUUCAGCAGGCUCUGGGCUGGAAUAUUUAUCUUGCUGUCAUUCUUCUCCUCGUCAUUACUGCACUCUAUACAGUAGCAGGUGGUCUGGCAGCCGUCAUCUACACCGAUGCAGCUCAGACUGUCAUCAUGCUGACUGGGGCCCUGACACUUAUGAGCUUCAGUUUUGUGGAGGUCGGGGGCUGGCAGGCCAUUUUUGAUGGCUACAGCAAUGCCAUUCCCUCCAUUAGAGUCCCAAACACCACGUGCGGAAUCCCUCGUGAGGAUGCCUUCCAUAUUUUUCGGGAUCCCGUGACCUCUGACUUUCCCUGGCCAGGGGUGCUGCUGGGGAUGACAAUGCCCUCCAUAUGGUACUGGUGUACAGAUCAGGUUAUAGUGCAGCGCUCGCUGGCUGCUAAGAACCUGCUACAUGCUAAAGGAGGGUCUUUGCUGGCUUCCUACCUCAAGAUUCUGCCCUUCUUCAUGAUGGUGCUGCCAGGCAUGAUCAGCCGAAUCCUCUUUCCAGAUGAGGUUGGCUGUGCAGACCCUAAAGUGUGUGAGCAGGUUUGUGGGAAUUCUGUGGGCUGCUCUGACAUCGCCUACGCCAAACUGGUCAUGGAACUCCUUCCUAAGGGUCUGCGGGGUCUGAUGAUGGCUGUAAUGAUAGCUGCUCUCAUGUCUUCCCUGACCUCCAUCUUUAACAGCUCUAGCACUCUGUUCACCAUGGACUUAUGGAGAUAUCUCCGCCAUGCUGCCUCAGAGUGGGAGCUCAUGAUCGUUGGCAGAGUGUUUGUCCUGAUCUUGGUGGUGGUGUCUGUGCUAUGGAUCCCCCUGGUUCAGGCCAGUCAAGGUGGCCAGCUUUUCAUGUACUUGCAGUCUAUCAGCAACUACCUACAGCCACCUAUCAGUGUGGUGUUCAUUGCAGGCUGCUUCUGGAAAAGAACUAACGAGAAGGGCGCAUUCUGGGGUUUGGUGCUGGGGCUGCUGAUUGGCGUUGUGAGGAUGAUUCUGGAUUUCAUCUACCCUCUACCACAGUGCUACGAGACAGACACCAGGCCUGAAAUAAUCAAAUACGUGCACUAUCUAUAUUUCUCAAUCAUCCUCUCCCUGUUUACCCUUGUUGUGGUGGUUUGUGUCAGCCUGGCCACGGAGAAACCCACAGAAGAACAGCUGAGUCGACUGAUGUGGUCCACGAGGUUUGAUCCUGUGAAGAGGACUGAGGCCAAAGAAACUGGAACCUUUAAUAUCGAUAACGGCUUACAUCAUGAAAAUGAGAAGAGUGAUGGAAGUGUGAGAGAGCACACUAAUGGCUCGAAUGCACAGCAUGCUGAAACACCCUCUAAGCUGAAGUCCAUGCUGCUCUGGCUGUGUGGGAUGGAGCUGAAUUCAGAAAGGGAGCAGCCCCCAACACCACCACCUGAGGCAGUAGUGUCCUCCCUUGAGGAAGAACCCUAUCUGAGGCAUGUGGUAAAUGCCAACCUCAUUGUCUGCUUGUCAGUGACAGUGUUUCUGUUUGCCUUCUGGGCAUGACAGUCUGAAUAUCUCAACUAGACACUAGUAAUCCUUGAACGCUUGGUCAACAUUUUGUCAUUUUCAACGUGAAAAAUUUUUAUUUCAGCAUCUUCACUUAUUUUAUUUAUACAGAACAAUGAAAUGUUUAAAAACCACAUACACGGAGAUGCCUUCCUCUGUUUUCAAAUGUAUUUGGUUCACUAAGAUUUAAAAAGCAACACCAACCUUUU